AUGGCUGCUCUCCCAGAAGGAAUCUUACUCGGCUGUGGUAAUCCUCUGCUCGAUCUUCAGGCUGUAGUCGGAAAGGAUUUCCUGGAUAAAUGGAACCUCAAAGAGAAUGACGCAAUUCUUUGCGAUGACAAGCACAAUGCGAUGUUUGAUGAGUUGGCGGAAAAAUACCAGGUCGAAUACAUUCCCGGUGGCGCUACUCAGAAUGCGAUUCGGGUUUGCCAGUGGAUUUUGAAUGAGCCGAAUCGCGCAACGUUCUUCGGUGCCAUUGGAAAUGAUAAGUACGGACAUAUGCUAAGUUCGAAAGCCAAAGAAGCUGGAGUUAAUGCUCAGUAUCAGAUCAACCAAGACGUGAAGACUGGCACAUGUGCAGCGCUCAUCAACGCUCAGAACAGAUCGCUGUGUGCUCACCUGGCUGCUGCCAACACCUUCACCAUUGAUCACAUGCUCGAGCCUGCGCACGCUGCGUUGAUCGAGAAGGCCCAGUUCUACUACAUUGCUGGUUUCUUUCUCACGGUAUCACCUCCGUCGAUCUUGCACGUAGCUGAGCAUUCGCUUAAGCACGAAAAGACGUUCUUGUUCAACUUGGCUGCACCAUUCAUCUCCGAGUUCUUCUUCGAGCCACUCAAAGCGGCGCUCCCCUACGUUGAUAUCAUCUUUGGCAACGAAGAUGAAGCAGCUGCUUUUGCUAAGGCAGCAGGAUUUGAAACAACCGACUUGAAAGAGGUCGCUUUAAAGCUGGCUGCUUGGGAAAAGAAGUCCUCCAAACCACGAACAGUAAUCAUAACUCAAGGCGCCGAUCCCGUUAUAGUUGCUGUUGGAAAAGAGGUUUCACUAUAUUCCGUGCAAAAUAUUCCGAAAGAGAAAAUCGUCGAUACCAAUGGAGCUGGAGACGCCUUUGUUGGAGGAUUUCUAUCUCAGUACAUCCAAGGAAAAACCAUCAAAGAAGCGAUAGAGUGUGGAAGUUACGCCGCUGGUGAAAUCAUCCAGAAACACGGCUGCACAUUUCCGCCAGCCUGCAAAUACCACUGA